CAACUGGUUAAAAAAAAUUUUUUUUUCUUCCUCUUUUUAAAAUUUGCAUAGGGUUCGUCAUGCUUUACUGAGCACAUAAUUUUCUACUUAUUUCAAAACAAAAUGAUUAAACAUUAGUUCAAAUGGCAGUGGGAUAGGCUAGAGACUGAAAAACAGACUUAUUUGGAAGAAAAUUAUACAUCCUUCCGACUCUUUUACUCCUCUGUGUUUUAUUAAGAGUGUGGGUAUAGCUCACACUUCCUCUUAUAGAAUCUCUUGCAUUACCAAACAGCAUUUUUGUCUUUUGCUCUCAGUUUCUUGCAUUUUGAAGUACAUGGUGUAUAGGCCUUUUUCAUCCAACUGACCUGAAAUUGGAUUAAGAAGGGCAAACCUAGGAACAUGGUGGGAACUCUGCUAGUCCAUUUGCUCUUACAAGUUGUUCUGCUGUAUGAUGCUUUGGGAUGGGACGUGAGAAUGCCAAAGGAAAUUCACGGCCCUAAAGGUUCCUGUCUGGUCAUACCAUGUUCUUUCUACUACACAUUAUACCCACCCCAAAACCCAGCCAGAAUUGUGUGGUAUCAGUACGUCUCUAAAGGUUAUCCUUUAGUUUACGAUCCAUGGUAUCCAAAUGAUGUUAUCUGGAAGUUCAGAUGGAAUACUGAUUUAUAUAGAAGACGUAGUUGGGAUUGCAGUCUGCUGAUCAGAAAGCUGGAACAGUACCACCAUGGAGAGAAAUUAUACGCAUGGAUUGACCCUGAAAAUGUAGGAAAGAGCACCUACGUAUUUUAUGAUGUCACUUCUACAAUUAAAGUUGAUGAAAGUCCACAGCAGCCCAACAUCAGUAUUUAUGGAGGUGAAAAGAUGGGUGACACAGUCACAGUUACAUGUUCAACUUUCCACACGUGUCCAUACAGCGAACCAACCAUCACUCUGAACGGUUUAGAAGGAUCUGAUCAAAUAGACAAUGAGCAUAUUAAAGAUGGCCUGUGGAAAAUCACUCGGACACGCAAAGGUGUCGUAAAGGCUGAACGCUUGACUAUUAAGUGUUCAGUAAGACAUUAUGGUGGCAGAGAGGUGACAGCUAUGAAGUUCAUAAGUGCCAAAUGUGUUCAUCAAAAAAUAACGAUUGAGCCUGAACUGACAGAUGUUACAGUGGGCAUCACAAAGAACUUUGUUUGUAGAGUCUACCAUUCCUGCCAGAAAGAGAAUCCAACCAUCACAUGGAACUAUAAGAACAUGCAGGUCACAACAACGGAAAAAACACAUUGGGGUUUAAAUCGGCUCAUCUACUCCAACAUUGCCUUUCUGGCUACAAAAGAAGAUAAUGGGAAGAAGUUGAUAUGCACUGCAAAAUUUUCUGGAGGAGACAUUACAGCUUCUGUUAUUUUACAUGUAAAACGUGUUCUGCUCUAUGAUGCUUUGGGAUGGGAAGUGAGUAUGCCAAAAGACAUUCACGGCCUCAAAGGUUCCUGUCUGGUCAUUCCAUGUUCUUUCAACUAUAAAUCAAACCCACCCCAAAACCCACGUAGAGUUGUGUGGUAUCGGCGGGACUCUGAAGGUUUACCUUUAGUUUAUGAUUAUUUGUAUCCAUACAAUGUCAAUGAGAAGUACAGAGGAAAAACUGAUUUAUAUAGAGAAUCAGAUUGGGAUUGCAGUCUGCUGAUCAAAAACCUGGAAUCGUCUCACAAUGGAGAGAAAUUAUACACAAGGAUUGACCCUGAAAAUAUUGCAUGGCAAAACUAUGAAACUGAUGAUGCUACCACUACAGUUUUUAUUGAUGCAACUCCACAGCAGCCCAACAUCAGUGUUUCUGGAGGUGAAACUACACUUGAUACCACAAUAUCAAAACAAAUCACUCUGACACGCACAGGUGUCGUAAAGGCAGAAAGCACGACUAUUAAGUGUUCAGUAACACAUCAUGGUGGCAUAACAGUGACAGCUACAGAGGUCAAAAGUUCAAAAUGUGUUCAUCAUAACAUAUCGAUUGAGCCUGAACUGGCAGAUGUUACAGUGGGCACUGCAAAGAACUUUGUUUGUAGCGUCUACCAUUCCUGCCAGAAAGAGAAUCCAACCAUCACAUGGAACUAUGAGAACAUGCAGGUCACAACAAAGGAAAAAACACGUUCGGGUUUAAAUUGGAUCAGCUACUCCAACAUAACCUUUCUUGCAGCAAAAGAAGAUCAUGGAAAGAAGUUGAUAUGCACUGCAAAAUUUUCUGGAGGAGAAAUUACAGCUUCUGUUAUUUUACAUGUAAAACGUGUUCUGCUCUAUGAUGCUUUGGGAUGGGAAGUGAGUAUGCCAAAAGACAUUCACGGCCUCAAAGGUUCCUGUCUGGUCAUUCCAUGUUCUUUCAGCUAUAAAUCAAACCCACCCAGAAACCCACGUAGAGUUGUGUGGUAUCGGCGGAACUCCGAAACUCUAAAUUUAUACCAUUAG